GCGACCUGCCCGACGGUGUACCCCAUCGUCGUGGAAUUAGUGCACGCGUGUUAUCGUGACACCGCCGGGGCACCAACGCACACGUGACCUCGUCGCGAGUUUGUUUGGCGCGCGUGUUACACGCCGUGGUGAACGCUGUCAAGGAUCAACAAUUGCAGAUACAAGAAUCAAAAUGCCCAGGAUGUUGCUGUUCCUGGCCAUUGGCCUGCUCGCGAGGGUAUCGGGAUUACCCAAUGGAGCACCACAGGAGACAUGCUCGGAUCUGAUGCCGCGUCAUCCCGGCAGCUCCCUUCAAUCGUCAUAUCCGCCUUAUCAGGUGCUACCCGCUGCUGGACGAGGCAGGGUUCGGCUGAUCCUCGGAAGUCCCCAGGGCCUCGCGUACGAGGGCUUCAUGAUCUUCGCUAGAGACAUCAACAACGAUGAAUUUGUGGGAGAAUUCACGAACCUGCCCGAUUCCGCGAGAGCCGUCGAAUGCACCCAAGGCGUAAAGAAUGGUGUGACUCAUACGAACACGAACAAGAAACAUAAUCUGGAAUUUGAUUGGAAAGCUCCGGACGAUUAUGAGGGUAUCAUUAUCUUUAACUCCACCUUCGCUCAGGAUUACAGCACGUAUUGGGUCGGCGUGGAAUCGCCCAGAGUCACCGUCGACAAGCGGUCCAUCGAUGUAUCGACCCUACCUACGCCCGUCACUACCUUCAGGACCACCACGCCGCCCUACUAUAGCCGCACCGUCAAUUAUGUGACGCAGAGUGAAGAGGACCCGUUCUACACGGACUGCCACAUCACGAAGAACUGCUUUGGCGCGCCCGUGGGCUGUAUAAAAACCAAGGACUGCGCCGCCGUGGUGGCCGUGAUAGUGCAAGGCGACGAAUAUCAUUUCGAGAUGCAGACGCGGGGGGAGGCCAAAUAUGUCGCUGUCGGCCUGUCGGAUGACAAGAAUAUGGGCGACGACAGCGUAGUCGAGUGCACGAACGAGGACGGUGAAAUUGCGUUACAUAUGUCUUGGAAUUCCGGAAAGAGUAAUACGCGCCAUGCGACGCCGGAAGGUGCGGUCGAAUUGGAAAAUACCUCGAUCAAGAAUGACGUGAUGUAUUGCAAAUUUCGACGGGACAAGCGCACUGUUGUUGAGGGACGUACAUAUGACCUUGUCAAUACUCCGUAUCAUCUUCUCGUGGUCGCCGGCAAAGAUCUACGAAAAAAUGGAGUUAACUUUCACGACAUCGUCUAUCUUGGGACUAGUACCUCAAAGAAAUUAUCCGACGUUGGAGAAUGGAUUCCAGCCAGCGACCUACUAAUUCGCCUUCACGGUGCACUUAUGUUGGCAUCAUGGAUCGGCACGGCCUCCAUCGGGAUGCUACUUGCGAGAUAUUACAGACAGACAUGGGUUAACUCCCAGCUGUGUGGGAAGGAUCACUGGUUCGCCUGGCACAGAUUCUUCAUGGUGCUCACUUGGUCGAUGACGAUCGCAGCCUUCGUAAUAAUAUUCGUGGAAUUGGGCACAUGGAGUUCUGCGACGAUACACGCUUCCGUCGGCCUGGCUACUACAAUUUUGUGCUUUAUUCAGCCCUUCAUGGCGGCUAUGAGACCGCAUCCCGGCGCACCACGAAGAGCUCUCUUCAAUUGGGCUCACUGGUUCGUCGGUAAUGUGGCAAAAAUAUGCGCCCUAAUCGCGCUUUUCUUUGCGGUACGACUAAACAAGGCCAAACUUCCGGAGUGGGUCGACUGGAUCCUUACCGCAUAUGUGGUAUUCUACGUUCUGACUCACCUCAUUUUAACAUUCCUUGGUUGCGUCUCUGACAAACAAGCCAGUCAGAGAGUGAAUUCAUUUCCGAUGAAAGACAUGCAUUCUCGCGGAUCAAUGGUGCAUCCAGAUGCGAGGCGAGACGCUCCUUACUCUGGCAUGCGCAAGUUCAUUUUCGGUGUGUACUUUGUGGUUAUCGUCGCGUUCGCCACGACCCUCAUAGUGAUCACCGUGUUGGCACCUAUCGAGGAAACAUGGGCCACCUUCACCAACACCAUCUCGAAUUACUGAGACCGCUAAUCAACGACCGUGGAAAUAUUCGUCACUGUGCGAUACUACCGCGUGGAAUAUUCCGACCAGAUGGCUCGGAGGCCAUCAUAGUCGUUGCAGCGAUGAUAUAUUCCCUCGACUCGACUUUCUGUAUGCAAAUUAUGCACGAAGAAUGUGUAAAUCCUUCGUGUAAAUCUAUUCGUGUAAAGAUGCAAAUCGCGCCGCGACAGAUGCAUGCGCGAGAACGAGGAGAUUACUGCUGUACUGACGAGUGUUUUUCACGAUUUUUAGAUUUCUACGAAGAUUCGUCAAUUUCUAUUUUGAUUAUAUAUCGUAAUUAAAAAAUAGAUUUUUCUCUUUGUAUAUAACAUUCUUAUAAUUUACUUGGAAGAUGUCAAUGCCUCUAAAGUUUACAUACUUUAUUACUAUUAAUAAAUGUUUUGCGAUUACACGCGGAAUAUUUUAUUGUCUAUAUGUCUGCUAAAUUUGAGUACAAUGAUUCUUUUUUCACCAAGAAACUGCCAUUAGAUCCAAUUUAUAGCAUAAUUAUAAGACUAGAAUAGAAAAAGCUCGAAAAAUAAUUGUCUCUUUUCGAGUAUAAAAUAUGCACUCAAAAAAGUGGUAUUGCAACUACAGCAAAAAUUUUCUGGGUGCGCAAAAUUAACUGAGGUACAUAAAUGAUUAGCAAAUACUGUGAUAUCGCAUAUGUUUCGCA